AUGGUGUUGCCUGGUUCUGUUGUCCCAGAUUCCAACAAACAAAGUCAAUCACGCACAGCGCCAGCAAGGCCGGCCCCUGGAAGUGCCAGUCAAAGGUUAGCAAACCUCCGAGCACUUGAAGAAGCAGACUCCAAAUCUAGAGAUGCUGUCCUAAACAAUCGAACUGUCGAAAUCACGCCGGCAAAUCCCCAAACCUACGAAGGAUUCAACAGCGGUGAUGACGACAAUCCGAUUGAAAUCUAUGACCACCUUCAGAUGACUGCCGAUUGGGACGAAGUACAACCAAUCAAUGAUGGCACGAUCAUUCAUCCUCCGGGACUCAGAUCUGCAUACUUCAAAAGCCCCACCUAUCGAGAGCGGACUUUGACUGAGGAGGCUCACUGGAAGACCAUCAUACCCGAGAUCUUCAAGUGUUUCAUGAUUUGUUCCCUCAAGACCGGACAAUGGAGUAACGAAGCGACUUGGAAUGAAGAUCUUAACCUUGAGUGUAAAUGUCCAGCUUGGAAGAAAGGUGUUGUACAGAUUGAUUCAGUGGACAUUACUAGCCGGAAGAAGAUUGACCUAGAAACCUGUGGAUGUGUUAGUGAUGUGAUUCGACUAGUCCGGAAGGGUUAUAUCGGAGGGUCUCCGAUACGCCCUCGAAUAGCUUUUUCAAUACGCCUUCUUGCUUUUCAUCAUACCGUUUGGAAAUACUGUGCUGUUCAAUUGGCACCUUUUGUAGAGGCCAUGGACGAAUUUUUAGAUGCUGGUAACACCAUCUUUUUGGUUCCUGGCACCGAACAAUUGAUGUGUACCGUGAAAUGCUUCGCCUUGAAGAUGAGACUGCGUCAAAAGCUCUCCGUUUGUCACCAACAGACAAGCCCGCCAUGUUUUGGGCCAAAGGUACUUGGAAAACGUGCCAAUGAGCCGGAUUUUGUGGUAUGCAUUGAUGGUAAUUUUCAGCAUCGGCGCCAUGAAGCAGCGAGUGCUAAAUGGCGAGGUGAAAGUGGGGUAGUCCCUUCCCUUUUUAUCUCACCUGCUCUAGGCGAUAUGUGGAAAACAAAAAUGGAACCACUACCACGACAAUCUGGUGUACCUGACAAAUCCGCAGAAGUCAUUGUGGGUGAGAUUGAACUUUUUCAAUGUCAUGGUAUUGACUAA